AGCCGGAGUGCCAAGCCCUCCCUGCCCGAGCCCGAGAGCCUGUCCUCCAUGUUUUAUAAGUAUUGACAUAACACUGUGUUAACAAUGCAUCCACAGAGCUUGGCUGAAGAGGAAAUAAAGGCAGAGCAGGAGGUGGUGGAGGGGAUGGACAUCUCCACUCGAUCCAAAGAUCCUGGCUCCGCCGAACGCACAGCACAAAAAAGGAAAUUCCCCAGCCCUCCACAUUCCUCCAAUGGCCACUCACCACAAGAUGCAUCAACAAGUCCUAUAAAAAAGAAAAAGAAACCUGGUCUAUUGAACAGUAAUAAUAAAGAGCAGUCAGAACUAAGACAUGGUCCGUUUUACUAUAUGAAGCAGCCACUCACCACAGACCCUGUUGAUGUUGUACCACAGGAUGGACGGAAUGAUUUCUAUUGCUGGGUUUGUCAUCGGGAAGGCCAAGUCCUCUGCUGUGAACUCUGUCCUCGGGUUUAUCAUGCUAAGUGUCUGAAACUGACAGCCGAACCAGAGGGGGAUUGGUUUUGCCCAGAAUGUGAGAAAAUCACAGUUGCAGAAUGCAUAGAAACACAGAGCAAAGCAAUGACAAUGCUCACCAUCGAACAGCUUUCAUAUCUACUGAAGUUUGCACUACACAAAAUGAAACAGCCAGGGACAGAGCCAUUUCAAAAGCCAGUUUCACUGGAUCAACACCCAGAUUAUGCAGAGUAUAUCUUUCAUCCAAUGGACCUUUGUACAUUAGAGAAGAAUGUUAAAAAGAAAAUGUACGGUUGCACUGAAGCAUUUUUGGCUGAUGCCAAAUGGAUUUUGCACAACUGCAUUAUUUACAAUGGGGGAAAUCACAAAUUGACACAGACAGCAAAAGUCAUCAUCAAAAUCUGUGAGCAUGAGAUGAAUGAAAUUGAAGUAUGUCCGGAAUGUUAUUUAGCUGCUUGCCAAAAACGAGAAAAUUGGUUUUGUGAGCCUUGUAGCAAUCCCCACCCUUUGGUCUGGGCUAAACUCAAAGGCUUUCCAUUCUGGCCUGCUAAAGCACUGAGGGAUAAAGAUGGGCAAGUUGAUGCCCGUUUCUUUGGCCAACAUGACAGGGCCUGGGUUCCAAUAAAUAAUUGCUACCUCAUGUCUAAAGAAAUUCCUUUUUCUGUGAAAAAGACUAAAAGCAUCUUCAAUAGUGCAAUGCAAGAAAUGGAGGUUUAUGUUGAUAACAUUCGUAGAAAAUUUGGAGUAUUUAAUUACGCACCUUUCCGGACACCAUAUACUCCCAACAAUCAAUACCAAAUGUUGUUAGACCCUGCAAACCCAACUGCUGGAACUGCAAAGACAGACAAACAAGAGAAAAUCAAACUGAACUUUGAUAUGACAGCAUCACCCAAGAUUCUGAUGAGCAAGUCCAUGCUGAGCAGUAGUACAGGCCGUAGGAUUUCAUUGACAGAUAUGCCACGGUCACCAAUGAGUACAAACUCAUCAGUUCACACUGGAUCUGAUGUGGAACAGGAUGCAGAUAAAAAAGCAACUUCCAGUCAUUUUAGUGCCAGUGAAGAAUCCAUGGACUUUAUUGAGAAAAAUACAGCUUCUCCAGCACCAGCAAGAACAGGUCAAGCAGGGAGCUUGUCAGGCAGCCCCAAACCAUUCUCUCCUCAAGCUUCAACACCAAUUUCUGCUAAGCAAGAAAGAACUUCCACUCCAGGAAGCAUUCUGAAUCUUAACCUUGAUCGUAGCAAAGCUGAGAUGGACCUGAAGGAGCUGAGUGAGUCGGUGCAGCAGCAGAGCACUCCUGUGCAGCUCAUCUCACCCAAGAGACAAAUACGGAGUAGGUUCCAGCUCAAUCUUGACAAGACAAUAGAAAGCUGUAAAGCACAACUUGGAAUAAAUGAAAUAUCUGAAGCUGUUUAUACUGCAGUAGAACACAGUGACUCUGAAGAUUCUGAAAAAUCUGACACCAGUGACAGCGAAUAUAGUGAUGAGGAUCAGAAAUCAAAGAAUGAUCAAGAUGAUGGUGAGGACAAGGAAGGUACAAGAAGUGACAAAGAAUCGUUGAGCUUGAAAAAAAAACCUAAACCUCCAGCACAGAACGAAGACAAGGAGGAACUUAAAAGCACAAGUCCAGAAGUGGAAAAAACAGAGGAACCGGUCAAGGAAAAGGCAGUUUCAGACACCGAAAAAGAAUUUUCCGAAAAGGGAAAAAGUUUACAACAUCCUUCAAAAGAAAAGCUGAAAGGUAAAGAUGAAACAGACUCUCCAACUGUGCAUCUAGGACUGGACUCUGAUUCUGAGAGUGAACUCGUCAUAGAUCUGGGAGAGGAUCAUUGUGCUCGUGAAGGAAGGAAAAACAAGAAAGAAUCUAAAGAACCUCCUCCUAAGCAAGAUGCUGUAGGUAAAACUCCACCCUCCUCCAGUGCAAGCUCUCAGCCUCUACCAGAAACUCCAGUCCUCACCCGCUCUGCAGCCCAGACCCCACCAGCUGGUGUGACAGCAACCACCAGUUCAUCUUCCACUGUCAGUGCUCCAUCUGCAGCCACGGGAAGCCCUGUGAAAAAGCAGAGGCCUCUGCUGCCCAAGGAAACUGCCCCUGCUGUGCAGCGUGUGGUGUGGAAUUCUUCAAACAAAUUCCAGACAUCGUCUCAGAAAUGGCACAUGCAGAAGGUACAGAGACAGCAGCAGCAGCAGCAGAGCCAGCAGUCUCAGUCACAGCAGCCUCAGUCCUCUCAAGGGACAAGAUACCAGACAAGACAAGCAGUUAAAGCUGUGCAGCAGAAAGAGAUCACCCAGAGCACUUCCACAUCCACUAUAACCUUGGUCACAAGUACUCAGCCUAUUUCCAUGGUUACCAGUUCUGGGUCUGCAAGUACCCUCUCCUCCUCCCUUAAUACAGACCUGCCAAUUGCAACAGCCUCAGCUGAUGUGGCUGCAGAUAUUGCUAAAUACACCAGCAAAAUGAUGGAUGCCAUCAAAGGAACGAUGACUGAAAUAUACAAUGAUCUCUCAAAAAAUACUACUGGAAGUACAAUAGCUGAGAUUCGGCGCUUGAGAAUUGAGAUCGAAAAACUUCAAUGGUUACAUCAACAGGAGCUCUCAGAAAUGAAGCAUAAUCUAGAACUGACAAUGGCUGAAAUGCGUCAGAGUCUGGAACAGGAACGCGAUCGUUUGAUUGCUGAGGUGAAGAAGCAGCUGGAACUGGAAAAGCAACAAGCAGUGGAUGAAACCAAGAAGAAGCAGUGGUGUGCCAACUGCAAGAAAGAGGCCAUCUUUUAUUGCUGUUGGAAUACCAGCUACUGUGACUAUCCCUGCCAACAAGCUCACUGGCCUGAGCAUAUGAAAUCUUGCACACAGUCAGCUACUGCAACACAGCAAGAAACAGAUACUGAAAUUAGCACAGAAACAUUAAAUAAAUCAUCCCAGCCCAGUUCAAGUGUGCAGUCUACACCCACAGAAACAACCAGCACCCCGAAGGAAAAGGAAGGUUCAGCUGAUAAAAGCAAAGAGAGCGUUACAGUGACAACAGGUGUGACAAGCAACCAGCCUAUAAAACGGCCACAGAUCACCACCCAUAUUCCAACUGCUCAGCCCACAAUUGUAAGUACAGCCUCGUUGUUUGGAGCCUGCAGCAGUGGUCCUGGCGUUACAGUUGCUCAGUAUCCCUGGGGGGUUGUCUCCAUCUGCUGUUCUAUCUAG